AUGAGGCAACAAAAUGAUGAGCUCUAUGAAAGAUUGGACCAAUUGGAGAAUAGAGGUCAUGAUGAACAAGAAAAGAGGAGAAGAGGUAAUGACGGUGCUCCUAGACAAAACCGAAUUGAUGGAGUCAAAAUUUCUAUUCCUCCAUUCAAAGGAAGAAGUGACCCGGAAGCUUAUUUGGAGUGGGAGAUCAAAAUAGAGCAUAUUUUCACUUGUAAUACCUAUGAAGAGGCCCAAAAGAGAGCUAGGAAUGAGGAGCCAUUGGUGGAUACAUGGGUUGAAAUGAAAAGGAUCAUGAGGAAGAGAUAUGUGCCGACAAGCUAUUCUAGGGACUUAAAAUUCAAACUUCAAAAAUUGUCCCAAGGUAGCAAAGGCGUUGAGGAGUACUACAAGGAAAUGGAGGUGCUCAUGAUUCAAGCCAAGAUAGAAGAGGAUGAGGAGGUAACUAUGGCUAGAUUUCUUAGUGGUUUGAAUAAUGAUAUUCGUGAUAUUGUUGAACUGCAGGAAUUUGUUGAAAUGGAGGACUUGCUUCACAAAGCAAUCCAAGUGGAGCAACAAUUGAAAAGGAAAGGUGUGGCCAAAAGGAGCUCCACUAAUUUUGGUUUUUCUAGUUGGAAGGAUAAGGGAAAAGGGUCUGCCACUUCUAGUGCAGCACCUACACCAACAAAAACUCCUCUAAAAACUCAAGAGCAACCCUCUAAAAGGAGUCGGGAUGUGAAGUGCUUUAAGUGCCAAGGCUUAGGACACUAUGCAUAUGAGUGCCCUAACAAAAAAACCAUGAUUCUUAGAGAUGGAGAGUAUAUAAGUGAGUCCGAAAUUGAAGAGGAAGAGGAGAAUGAGGACGUGGAGGAGGAGGUGGAGAAAACACCAGAGGGAGACUUGUUGAUGAUAAGGCGGUUACUUGGUAGCCAAUUGAAGCCUUUGGAGGAGAGCCAAAGAGAAAACAUCUUCCAUACUAGAUGUUUGAUCAAUGGUAAACUUUGCAUGGUGAUCAUUGAUGGAGGGAGUUGCACCAAUGUGGCGAGUUCAAGACUUGUGUCUAAAUUGAAUUUAGUUACAAAGCCACAUCCUAGGCCAUAUAGGCUUCAAUGGCUUAGUGAGGAUGGAGAGGUGCAAGUAAGGAAGCAAGUAGAGUUGGAUAUUUCCAUUGGAAGAUACAAUGAUAAGGUGCUUUGUGAUGUUGUUCCUAUGGAGGCCAGCCACUUACUCUUGGGGAGACCAUGGCAAUUUGAUAAAAGAGCCAAUCAUGAUGGUUUCACCAACAAAAUCUCAUUCAUGCACCAAGACAAGAAGAUAGUGCUCAAACCUUUAAGUCCGCAAGAGGAAUUUGGAGAUGUGUUUCCAACAAGUGUACCAAGUGGGUUGCCACCAUUAAGAGGUAUUGAGCAUCAAAUUGAUCUCAUUCCAGGAGCUUCUUUGCCUAAUAGGCCAGCCUAUAGAAGCAACCCUCAAGAGACCAAGGAGAUCCAAAGACAAGUGGAUGAACUCAUUGGUAAGGGAUGGGUAAGAGAUAGCAUGAGUCCUUGUGCUGUCCCGGUAAUUUUGGUUCCUAAAAAGGAUGGGACAUGGCGCAUGUGUUCUGAUUGUAGAGCCCUUAAUAACAUCACCAUUAAAUAUAGGCAUCCUAUACCUAGGCUUGAUGAUUUGCUUGAUGAAUUGCAUGGAAAAUUUGUUGUGGUGUACUUUGAUGAUAUUCUUAUCUAUAGCACUUCACUUGAAUUGCAUGUUGAUCAUUUAAAAUCUGUCUUGUGUGUGCUUAGAGAAGAACAAUUGUAUGCCAAUCUUGAAAAAUGCAUCUUUUGUACUAACCAUGUUGUGUUUCUUGGUUUUGUUGUAAGUUCAAAAGGAGUACAAGUGGAUGAGGAAAAGGUUAGGGCUAUUCAAGAAUGGCCUACACCUAAGUCCGUGACCGAAGUGAGAAGUUUCCAUGGUUUAGCAAGUUUCUAUAGGAGAUUUGUGAAGGAUUUUAGCACAUUGGCAGCACCUCUAAAUGAAGUGCUUAAGAAAAAUGUUGGUUUCAAAUGGGGAGAGAAACAAGAAGAAGCUUUCAAAGCUCUUAAGCAAAAGAUAACUAAUGCCCCCAUACUUGCUUUGCCAAACUUUCAAAAAUGUUUUGAAAUUGAGUGUGAUGCUUCAAAUGUUGGGAUUGGGGCUGUGUUGUUGCAAGAAGGCCAUCCAAUUGCUUAUUUUAGUGAAAAGCUAAGUGGUCCUACCCUUAACUAUUCAACUUAUGAUAAAGAGUUGUAUGCCUUAGUGAGAGCUUUGAAAACAUGGCAACACUACCUUUAUCCCAAGGAAUUUGUUAUUCAUAGUGACCAUGAGUCCCUCAAAUAUAUCAAGGGACAAGGCAAGCUUAACAAAAGGCAUGCCAAGUGGGUGGAAUUUCUAGAGCAAUUCCCUUAUGUUAUCAAACAUAAAAGAGGAAAAGUUUUUAAGCAUAAAGAAGGUCAAGCAAAGGCGGACUAUGUGAAGAAGCUUCAUGAGAGAGUCAAAAAUCAAAUUGAGAGGAAAAAUGAAAGCUAUGCUAAACAAGCCAACAAAGGGAGAAAGAAGGUUAUCUUCGAACCCGGAGAUUGGGUUUGGGUGCACAUGAGAAAGGAAAGGUUUCCGGAACAAAGGAAGUCAAAGCUUCAACCAAGGGGAGAUGGUCCAUUCCAAGUGCUUGAAAGAAUCAAUGACAAUGCUUACAAAAUUGAGCUGCCGGGUGAGUACAAUGUUAGUUCCACCUUCAAUGUAUCUGACUUAUCUCUUUUUGAUGUAGAUGGAGAAUCCGAUUUGAGGACAAAUCCUUCUCAAGAGGGAGAGAAUGAUGAGGACAUGACCAUGA